GUUGCGCAUUGGCCAAGGGGGAACGGAUCGCUCCAAAGCUUGGGGUCCUGACACAGGAGGGCAGUGAAAGAUCGGACUUGGCACAGUCGCUUGCCUUGGGGUCCCUGGAGCUGCGGUCUAGUAACGCGGACUGACUGGAAAAGUGCGGAGGAGCCUCAACAGGUCGGGGAAGGUUAAAGGUGGUGAGAGGGACUGCGUAGAGCUGGGACUAAAAUGCUGGUGACCUUCUGCACAACUGAGAGGGGAGGGGGAAGACCUGACUGUCCCAUCGUCCACGGGGAAGGGCCAGCUCCGCAGUCCCUAACUCAGGAGUGGAGGCCCAGGGACCCCGCAGUGAUUGAUCCCAGACCAACCUUCCCACAGGCUGUGCAGGGGCCUCUGAACCUAACACAGGAGGUGCCGUAGCCUCGGUUUCUAGCUGUUAGGGACCGCCUUCCUUCGGGGAGCAGUCGCGUUUUAAUCAGUAACCUAUGUAGAAGGUGGCCCGACUUGACCAGUUCUGCUUUCACCUCACCCGAAAGGGGUGUCGUCAGGGUCCACAGGCCCUGGGUGACUUGAGUCACCCCUGGUCCUUCCGUCCACCCAUCUGGUUCCUGCAGGGUGAGGACUUCCUCUGAGGCCCUGAAGGAUCCUGCCUCCAGCCUGGGGACAUUCCUGAGCCUCCAGACGAAAGGAAGAAGGCAUUCAUUCCCUGUAUGGGCUAAAGGCCUAGCCCUCCACUUCCCGUGCUUCCUUCUGGCCCCUUUGGUAUCCAGGGCUCGCACGGAGGCCCUUGCAAAACUGGGGGCUUUGAUUGCCUGGAAGUAAGGCCGAGGCCACACCCUUCUCUCUGAUAGUUCUGUACCCAUCCCCCAUUUCCGUCUGGUCCUUUGUCUCUCUCCGAGGAUUCCCCGCAGAGGUGUUUUUUUGUAGUGGGUUGCUGUGUAACAGGACACCACUGUGAUCGGCCUGUGAGCUUUGCUGAAGGCAGAGCCCCGCACUAGAAAGCCUGACCUGCUUGAGCAGAGGAGGCCCAGGUUGGGCCCUGGUUUCUCCCUCUGCAAAAGAGGUUUUUAUCCAUCUCCUUACUCCGGGUACCCACUGGGGACUGGGCCCGACAGGCCUCUGCUCCCCACGUCUCUAGGGGGUCCCAUUUCUUCACUCUUCUGUUUUCUUUCAGAAUGAAAAAGGCAGGCAGUGAUCUCCCUCUGAGGCCCUUUCAAGCCCUCACAGGUCCUCUGUGGUGCACACAGCCCACCUCCCAGCCAUGCGCUCUCUCCUUCUGGGCACCUUAUGCCUCCUGGCUGUGGCCCUGGCAGCCGAGGUGAAGAAGCCCCUAGAGGCCGCAGCCCCUGGUACUGCGGAGAAGCUGAGUUCCAAAGCGACCACACUGGCAGAGCGCAGCACAGGCCUGGCCUUCAGCCUAUAUCAGGCGAUGGCCAAAGACCAGGCGGUGGAGAACAUCCUCCUCUCACCCUUGGUGGUGGCCUCAUCCCUGGGUCUUGUGUCACUGGGCGGUAAAGCCACCACAGCGUCACAGGCAAAGGCAGUGCUGAGCGCUGAAAAGCUGCGUGAUGAGGAGGUGCACACGGGGCUGGGUGAGCUGCUCCGCUCCCUCAGCAACUCCACUGCGCGCAAUGUGACCUGGAAACUGGGGAGUCGCCUAUACGGGCCCAGCUCUGUGAGCUUCGCCGAUGACUUCGUGCGCAGCAGCAAGCAACACUACAACUGCGAACACUCCAAGAUCAACUUCCGAGACAAGCGCAGCGCCCUGCAGUCCAUCAACGAGUGGGCCUCGCAGACCACCGAUGGCAAGCUGCCAGAGGUCACCAAGGAUGUGGAGCGCACAGAUGGGGCACUGCUUGUUAACGCCAUGUUCUUUAAGCCACACUGGGAUGAGAAAUUUCACCACAAGAUGGUGGACAACCGUGGCUUCAUGGUGACCCGCUCCUAUACUGUGGGUGUUACGAUGAUGCACCGGACAGGCCUUUACAACUACUAUGACGACGAGAAGGAGAAGCUGCAGAUGGUGGAGAUGCCCCUGGCCCACAAACUCUCAAGCCUCAUCAUCCUCAUGCCCCACCACGUGGAGCCGCUCGAGCGCCUGGAGAAGCUGCUGACCAAGGAGCAGCUGAAGGCCUGGAUGGGAAAGAUGCAGAAGAAGGCUGUCGCCAUCUCCCUGCCCAAGGGCGUAGUGGAGGUGACCCAUGACCUGCAGAAACAUCUGGCAGGACUGGGUCUGACCGAGGCCAUCGACAAGAACAAGGCAGACCUAUCGCGUAUGUCUGGCAAGAAGGACCUGUACCUGGCCAGUGUGUUCCACGCCACUGCCUUCGAGUGGGACACAGAGGGCAACCCCUUUGACCAAGACAUCUACGGGCGCGAGGAGCUGCGCAGCCCCAAGCUGUUCUAUGCCGACCACCCCUUCAUCUUCCUGGUGCGAGAUAAUCAGAGUGGCUCCUUGCUCUUCAUUGGCCGCCUGGUCCGGCCCAAGGGAGACAAGAUGCGAGACGAGUUGUAGAGUCCAAGAGUGGGCGUGGCGCGGCACGACAGGAAGUAACCAAAGGUUCCUGAGACACAUGGGUGCUAUUGUGGGGGGGAGGGGGAGGCACCAACCCUGGAUAUUCCACGGGUGGGGGGUUGGCGGUGCAGAUUGAAAUUCCCGUAUGUCUGAGUGGGUAUUUUUAGACAGAAUCCAAUCCUAAGUUAGGACGUGGAUCCCAGAUACUAUGAUACCAAAUUCAGGUGUGUCUCAGCCAUUUUGUUCUCCCCUGAAAGUUUUAGGUCCAAUCUGCCUCAACAGUCAAUCAGUGUUCAUAUUUAUGGCCAGGCAUUCUAUCUGUGAGACAAUCGAGUUGGGGAUAGGGCAGCCGAGCUCUCCUCAGUAUUCCUGUUUACCCCCUCCCCCACUCCCUUUAACCACAAAACUAGGUGCUGCGGCCCCAGAACUGCCCCCUUAAAAUGAUCCUCGCCCAGCGGUGGGAGCUGGGAGACAGCGCAUGGGAGGGACUCCCCAGCAUAACUGUCCUAGAGCUGUUACGUUGGGCAUCACAGUCAUGAACUUUUGUUUCUCUCCCUUUUUUUUUUUUUUUUUUUUUUUUUUAGUUUUUCAAAGAUGGGGGGAAGGGAAAUGUGAGCCUUUGUUGCUUUCAAAAUGAGAACAGUUUGUACAAGUUUUUGUUUUUGUUUUUGAAUAAAACUUUUCCAAUGAAA